AUCACCGACGCCGCCGUCGUCGUUGUUGUCAUUUUCAUUUUCAUUUGUUGCUGCUGAUUUUUAGAAAUUCAAUCGAGAAUUGUCAACGCUAGAAAGCGGAACAUAGUCACAGUUUGAGCUCGUACAGGUGAAAAAAGGAAGUUUUUAACAAAAAUUAAAGUGGACCUAUUAAUCUGCUUGUGUAGCACCUGAAGAAAGCCUGGCAAAAUGCAUCGCAGCGAAAGUUUAAACAAAUUAAUGAAAAUCUUCAUUUUGGCAUUCCUGUGCAAUGAAAUGCAUUCGAGUCUUACACAAUCGAAUGCCGCGGAACACCCCUUCGAUGCCUACCCCAGCAGCUUAAACGGCAGCGAGGCAACAUUGGAGCAUGCGUACUAUCAAGCUUCUAUCCGUUUGGCCAUUGAAGACUACAUGUUUGGCGAGGGACACAUUUGCGGCGGCGCAGUGAUAGCACCGUCUGUGGUGCUAACCGUCGCACACUGCAUACACAACUACCGGACGCAGACGUCGCGUCACCCGGCCGAAUUGAAAGUGGUCAUGGGCACGCUGAAUCGUUAUCAACGCGACGAACACACGCUCGUCUACGGUGUGACCCACGUUCAUCGGCCGCGCACAUUCAACGCACACAGCUUACACGAUGAUAUAGCGAUCAUAAUGCUGGAACGUGACAUUCCACCCGCACAUCCCACUGUGAAACCGAUUACUCUCAGUUUAACGGCAUUACGCAACGUGAAGGUCUCUGAAACGAUGGCAGAUGACGCGGUGAAGCAACAUAAGUUAGUGGUAACUAGCUGGCUGGUUACUAAAGAGCACCUACCCUAUACCCAACUGAUGUCGUUCAAUGCCACCCAACUGAGCGGUCAGCAGUGUGCAGAUAAAUAUGGACAAAUCUAUGGACCAGAUAUGGUGUGUGUAGGUUAUCUGGGUUCACAAGCACAAGAGACCGCAUGCCAACAAGACGCCGGUGCACCGUUGGUGGAGAAUAAUCAGCUGCUGGCGCUUAACGGCAAACAAAGCGUUGAUUGUAAGUCAAACGCAGAUCCGGUGACUUUCGUCGAUGUUAGUCAUCACGCUAAUUGGAUACUGGAGAAGAUUGGAGAUGGGAAAAAUUGUAAUAGUUCCAUUUGGGGUAUGCUGGCCUUUUUAAUAUUCACAAUUUGGACGGCGAGACGCACGAAAUAUUUCAAGUUUUGGCUUUAAGUUGAAGUUGUGCGCGGGAGAAUAUUUAAGUUUAUCCGUAUUUCUUUUGGAAUACAUUAGUUUAAGUUGAAAUGAAUUAAGGCUGAAUUUUCUCAAGAAAUAUUUUUUAUUUAUGCAUACCAUAAAUGUUGUUGAAUUGGAGAGGUGUAUAUACAAGUUGGGAAUGAACCUAAGAAACCUCAAAAUAUGUAGUUUAGUUUAGAUUAUAUAAUCAAGCUGGAUUUAUUAGUUAACAAAUUUUUGUUGAAUAUUUCUUGCAUUUGUGAUAGUUUUAGUAAAACGAUUAUGAUUAAUUAUUUUAUUGUAAAUAUGUAUAGCAAAUAAUUGUAAUGGAAUUAAUUAAAUAUUUUGUAACUGAAAUAAAUGUGAAUUAAAAAUGUUAAAA